AUGCUACUUCUUGAUGUCAUUAAGCAGGUUCCUAAGUAUGCGAAGUUUCUGAAAGAUUUGUGUACAAACAAGAGGCAUGUGAAAGGUGGUGAGAGAGUCAACUUGGGAAGAAAUAUUUCUACCUUUAUUCAGCCCAGGCCCCAUUCUGAAAAAGUUACAGGAGAGCAAAAUGUUUCAGCCAUCUCUCAGGUCUUGCCACAAAAGUGCAAGGACCCGGGAACUUUUACUAUUCCUUGUACCAUCGGAGAUAAGCAAUUCGAUAAUUGUAUGCUUGAUUUGGGAGUGGGCAUUAAUGUUAUGCCUACUUCUAUUUAUAAUAACCAUUGUCUUGGUCAUUUGCAGCAUACAGGUUUAAUCGUUCAGUUGGCGAACAGGAGCAAUGCCUGCCCUGCUGGUAUAGUGGAAGAUGUUCUUGUUCAAGUUUUGAAGAAGCACAACAAGUUAAUUGGAUGGACAUUAGCUGACAUCCUAGGUAUUAGUCCUUCCAUGUGUAUGCAUAGGGUUUUACUUGAGGACGGUGCUAAAAUGGUAAGGCAGCCCCAAAGGAGGCUUAAUCCUUUGAUUCUUGAUGUGGUAAAGAAAGAGGUAACCAAACUCUUGCAAGCAGAUAUCAUUUGUCCUAUCUCUGAUAGUAAAUGGGUAAGCCUAGUGGUGGUUGUACCUAAGAAAUCUGGACUCACAGUUGUGAAAAAUGAAAAGAAUGAACUUGUUCCCACUAGAGUUCAUAAUAGCUGGAGAGUUUGUUACUUUCAGAUUCAUAUUGCACCUGAAGAUCAAGAAAAGACCACUUUCACGUGCCCAUUUGGUACAUUUACUUACGGGAGGAUGCCUUUUGGUCUUUACAAUGCUCCUAGCACUUUCCAACAAUGCAUGAUUAGUAUUUUCUCUGAGUUUAUUGAAAAUUACAUGGAAGUGUUUAUGGAUGACUUUACUGUUUAUGAUUCGUCUUUUGAUGCAUGCUUGAAAAGUUUGAAUAUGGUUUUAGAGAGAUGCAUCGAGACUGACCUUGUUUUAAAUUAUGAAAAAUGUCAUUUUAUGGUUGAGAAGGGAAUUGUUCUUGCUCACAUAAUUUCUGAAAAAGGAAUUUUUGUUGACCCUGCUAAGAUUGACGUAAUUUCUACAUUGGCUUACCCUUCUUGCAUUCGCGAGAUUCGUUCUUUUCUUGGUCAUGCGGGUAUUUACAGGCAUUUCAUCAAGGAUUUCAGCAAGAUAGCUCUUCCGUUGUCAAACUUGUUGAAGAAUGACGUCACUUUCAGUUUCGAUGACAAAUGCAAACAAGCGUUUGACUUCUUGAAGAAAGCAUUAACCUCCGCUCCCAUCAUCCAGCCUCCUGACUGGACCCUCCCUUUUAAGAUUAUGUGUGAUGCUUCUAAUUAUAUUGUUGGGGUUGUCCUUGCACAAAGAGUUGACAAGAAUCCGGAAGCAAAACCGAGAUUGAUUCGGUGGAUAUUAUUCCUCCAAGAGUUUAAUGUAGAGAUUAAAGACAAAAGUGGAGCUGAGAACUUAGUGGAUGAUCACUUGAGUGCAUCCAGGCCACAAAUCCAUAAACUCAAGAGUGAUGCCAAAUAUUAUGUUUGGGAUGAUCCGUAUCUUUGGAAGUUUGGUAGUGAUCAGGUAAUCAGGAGAUGUGUCCCCGAUUAUGAGAUUGCAUCCAUUUUGAAUUUUUCUCAUGCAUCUCAAGUCGGCGGACAUUUUGGUCCUCAAGGGACUGCAAGAAAAGUCCUAGACUCGGUUUUUUAUUGGCCCACUAUUUUUAAAGAUGCCUAUGAGGUUUACCGCACCUGCAAAGAGUGCCAGAUAGCAGGUACAAAUGUCACUCAUAAGAGUGAAAUGCCUCAGCAGCCUAUGCUUUUUUGUGAGUGGGUGGAUGCUAUCCCCACUAGGACUAAUGAUUCUAGAGUUGUUGCAGAUUUUGCCAAGUCUAAUAUCUUUUGCAGGUUUGGAAUACCGCGAGCUAUCAUAAGUGACCAAGGCACUUAUUUUUGUAACCGCACCAUGGAAGCUUCGCUCCGGAAGUAUGGAGUUAUGCACAGAAUUUCUACUACAUAUCACCCACAAACAAAUGGGCAAGCUAUGAUCUCCAACAGAGAGAUCAAAUAG